AAGUUUGCAUCUUUAUCAUCAAAUCUUUGUAACUAAGUUCCUACAUAUUCAUUCCACUUUGCGGCCAUACAACACUCGACAGUGCAGUUUCUGAUUCAAACCGCGAAAUGGUAACCAUUUCAAACCUAACUAACACUCUUCCACUCCACUUUCGAAAAUUCAAAUUCGCAUCAUCUUCUUCAUCUUCAUCUUAUCGUUUUCCUCUCUCCACUCUCUCAUGUUCCAUUCCAGAACCACAACAACCCAACACCACUACUUCAAUUUCCAAAACCCCUAAUUCCAACUCCAAUGCCACUUCCUAUUUCCCUAAACGCGGCCAAACCCUCGAAUUGCUCUGCGAAUCCCUCGCUUACAAAGGAAAAGGUCUAUGCAAAGUCGCCGAUACCGGUUUUGUUGUCAUGUGCGACCGUGCACUUCCCGGCGAACGCUUCAUCGGACGUAUCACUCGGAAAAAGGGUAAUUACGCUGAAGCUACUAAGCUUGAAACUUUAACUCCUCCUUUUGAUACUGUAGAUGCACCUUGUGCCUAUGUUCCUCAUUGUGGUGGUUGCAAGACGCAGAAUUUGGCUUAUCAAGCUCAGGUUAAAACUAAAGAGGAACAGGUUCGCGAUUUAGUCAUACAUGUUGGAAAGUUUUCUCAGAAAGAAUUGGAAUUGCAUGGGAUUAUGAAGCCUAUUGUUCCUUGUGAUAUUCAGUUUCAUUAUAGAAACAAGAUGGAAUUCUCAUUUGGUCCAUAUAAAUGGUUGCCUAAAGAGUCAGUGCACGAAAGAAAUGUUGAUGGUGGAAGUGAAAAUUAUGCACUUGGAUUGCAUGUUCCUGGUUUUUUUGAUAAGAUUAUAAAUGUUGACAAAUGCUUACUCCAAACUGAUCCUGCUAAUAAGGUUCUUGCAGCUAUCCAAGAGUGUUGGAGGGAACCACAACUUGGUUUCUCUCCCUACAAUGCUCAUUCACACGAAGGAUUUCUUAAGCAUUUGAUGCUGAGAAGUGGAAGGGAUGUAACGACCGGUCUGCCUGAAGUAAUGGUCAACUUUGUGACAUCUUCCUACAAGCCUGAGCUGCUGAAGGUCCUAGUUGAUAAAGUUUCUGCAUUUCCUGAAGUGGUAAGCAUCGUGAAUAAUGUAAAUACUUCUGUUGGCAACACAUCUGUUGGGGAGGAGGAAUACACUUUGCAUGGGAAAUCUAGCAUUACAGAGACCUUAAGAGGGCUUACCUUCCAAAUAUCAGCAAACUCUUUCUUCCAAACAAAUACUCAUCAGGCAGAAGUGUUGUAUAAACUGAUAGAAGAAUGUGCUGGCAUCAAAGGAGAUGGCUCAGAAAUUGUCCUUGACCUGUUUUGUGGAACAGGCACCAUAGGUCUUACACUUGCCAGAAGUGUAAAGCAUGUUUAUGGCUAUGAAGUAGUUCCUCAAGCCAUUGCAGAUGCCCGACUUAAUGCGGAGUUAAAUGGCAUACAAAAUGCAACAUUUGUUCAGGGGGAUCUCAAUAAAAUUGAUGAAAAUUUUGGGAAGGAUUUUCCUAAACCAGACAUUGUUAUUUCAGAUCCCAACCGCCCAGGGAUGCACAUGAAGUUGAUUAAAUUCCUGCUAAAUCUUAGGGCACCUCGCAUAGUUUAUGUAUCAUGCAAUCCUGCCACAUGUGCACGGGACCUUGAUUAUCUCUGUCAUGGUGUGGCAGAGCUGAAUAUAGAAGGGUGUUACAAGCUAAUAAGCCUACAGCCAGUUGACAUGUUCCCACACACACCUCAUAUUGAGUGUGUUUGCCUUCUGGAGCUUUGUUGAUCUGUGAUCCUUUAAGCCUUUCCAUUUCAAGGAGAUAACAAGCUUGGUACUAGUUAUAGGUCAAGGUUGGGUCUUCAAGGUGAAAAGUGGGAAAAACAUACUUUCACGCUGCAAGGUUUGACCUAAUUUCUUGCCUAACCAAAGCUAUUACAGUGUACAAAAUCAUUUUGAAUGGUAGUAGCAUUGGUAUGCAUGCAUGGAUGAAUGCAUAGUUGCCCACUUUCUAGAAUUUCUCAUGUAAUCUAUUCAUGCAGAGCCCUCAAAGGUUGGAUUAGUUCUUCAAAAUGUGGAUUACUAUCCCACUUCUUAUGGCUUGCCCAUCACGAUUCUUGCAUAAACCUACAUUUGUCAGACUCUGGUAUUACUGAAGAAGGUUGAGAUGCAAGUGCAUGAAAAUCAGAUGUUUGGUUAUAUGAGUAAACACUGUUCAUUGUGAAUAUAACAUAUAUAUUCAGUAUGAAAUAUCAUAUUCUGUUCUUUACCUCUGUCUUUGUAAUGUUUUCUAGACUAAUAAGUGCUGUUGUCAUGCCGGGUAAGAAAAUAAACAGUAUGGACUGGUGUAAGCUUUCAAUUAGUUUGGAACUUCAUAUUUAUAUCAUUAUUCAGAGCCAGCUUUCUCUGCGAUGAAAGGAGUACUGGCUCAAACUUAAAACAGCCAUGAAUCUUAACGGAUAUAUCCACCAACUUGUAUGCUAAGCAAGACCUGUUUGAUUUUCACCAUUCUCAACUUAUUAUAGAAUGUAUCUUUUUGUAGAGCACUAACUAACUCUACCUUUUUGCAAUUUGUUAUCUUUUGAUGAGUAAUAAAUUGUUAACCGCCUUGAAAUACUUGAUUCAUCUGGCUGGACAUGUCAAAUGAGCUUUAGAAUUGAACCUCCAACUGAUACAGAUGCAUUUCAGGACCACUAAAGUAGGUCUUAGUUGAUGGGCUUAUUCAGUAAAUAGCUGAAGCCCAAAUAGAUGGAUCCAUGGUUUGUAGAAUAAUUGGGCCUGGCAAGAUAUUGGCACCCCCACUUUUGCAUCUAGUCUACCCAUGAUAGUUGAAGCCUGAAAUUGGGAAAUAAGAUGGUUGUUAUACAUCUAACACCAACACCUACAUUGAAUGAAAUGAGAUGGUUGGUACAUUGUUUAAAUUCCAGAUAGAUAUUGAAAAUGUCAUGUAAAUGGAUGUGUACAUGGAAUAUUGUAGAAGUGUACUUGGGGUAGCAAAACUAGUGUAUUGAUUUUCUGUGUCAGUUUAGAUCCAUUGAAUCUGAGUGGAAGUAAAUGUAGUUAGAUCUUGCAUUAGAUUCCAUUAACUCAACAGCCGUAGUUCUGGAUUAAAACUUGAAGAAAAUGAUGAAUGAAAUAAUGGUAAUUGAGUUAUUUCUUCAACUAUACAAGGAGGAGGAAACAAAAGAAAAGGACAUAGAUCAUAAUUAACAUCGUAGUAGGGUCUUAUACUUGAUUGUUGAGCUAGAGCCAAUGAAUGUGACAAGCCUAGUGUACAUAUGCAUGCAUGAUAGGAAGAAAAAACACAGUCACUGCCAAUGACUGCGACAAUUCAUGUAUGGUUGACAUCAUGCAGGAAAUGGAAAGAGCUGGCAAAUGGGGUUUAGUGUUCAUUUGACAUUACUAUGUGAACUCUUUGAAUGAAGGGAUUGAGAAUAAGUAAGGGUGUGUUUGGAUUGGCGGUGGACAGAAUUGAUUCUAGUAGAAUUGAGUCUGGUAGAAUUGAUUCUAGCAGAAUUGAUUUAUGUUUGGAUACAUUUUUGUAAAAGUGAGUUGAAUAAUAAAUUACAGUGUAAAAAUCAUCCAGAAUCAAUUCUGGAGGCAGAAGCUACAAAUUCUAGCUUCAAGUAGAAUCAAUUUUGGAGACAGAAUCAAUUCUACUUUUGUCAAACCAAACAUCUUAAAAUUAUCCAGAAUUGAUUCUUCACCUCUAGAAUUGCUUUUGCCCUUUUCAAAAGCCAAACCAAACAUGCACUAAGAGUGCUUCUAGCAUGGGCCAUGUAAUGGGUUUGGAUAAGUCAAUCCUAACACAACAAUUUUUCCAAUUUCUUCUCGAGGUUAUCAGCGAAGGUUAUAGCAAUUAAUGUAACAAACCUGGUUUACUUUUGCACUUCUAGCAAAAUAAAAUGAUCAAAGUCAAUAUUGUCCAA